UAAAUAUUAAUGAAGACAUCUUCAAAGACACUUCUAACUAUAGAAAAAGCGCGACAGAUCAACCAUUGAACAUAUGCGCUAGAGAUAGGCACUUCUGUUCUUCAAAAUUCAUCUAAACGUAUAAAUGUCUUCUCCGAGUCACAUAUGAAUAUCUAGUUUGUUUCCUAUCUGUUUUUUCUUCAUACACAUUGUUUAAGCUGCUUCAGCAACAAGUGCAUGUCAAUUGAUCAGUAGGCCUGAGUAGUUCACUGGCUUUUUAAGAGUAGCUUCAUUGAAUAAGAACGAUGAAUAACACAACUUUGGAAGAGAUAUUGGACAAGCACUUGCCUGAACCCGAAUUGCGUGAAGUCAAAAGAAUUUUGUUUGGGCGCGAAUUGGAGCCUUUGAAAUUGCCUGCAUGGGAAAGCGAUAAAAAAUUUGAAGUUCAGGGAUGGAAGCUGGGUGGUGCUCUGGCAGAGCAACUUCGUCCACCCCGGAUUAUUCGUGUCGGUCUAAUACAAAAUGCAAUUGUAUUACCCACAACUGAACCAGUGGCUGAUCAAAGGGACGCCAUACAUAAAAAAAUAAUUGGAUACAUAGAGCAUGCUGCAGCGUGUGGAGUCAAUAUAGUCUGCAUGCAAGAAGCAUGGCCAAUGCCGUUUGUCUUUUGUACACGAGAGAAGCAUCCGUGGUGCGAAUUUGCUGAGGAUGCUGAGCACGGUCCAACGACAACUUUACUCUCAGAUAUUGCAGAACGGCACAAUAUGGUCAUUAUUUCUUCUAUCUUGGAGAGAGACAGUAAUAAUGGCGAUACUUUAUGGAAUACUUCCGUUGUUAUUGGUGCGGAUGGUAAAAUCAUUGGAAAACACAGAAAGAAUCAUAUACCGCGAGUUGCGGACUUUAAUGAAUCUACAUAUUACAUGGAGGGCAACACAGGCCAUCCUGUAUUUGAAACACGUUAUGGACGGAUUGCAAUAAAUAUUUGUUAUGGACGUCAUCAUCCUCAAAAUUGGAUGAUGUUUGGUGUAAAUGGAGCAGAGAUUGUAUUCAACCCGUCUGCUACUGUUGGUGAAUUAUCUGAACCAUUAUGGCCGAUUGAAGCAAGAUGUGCAGCCAUAGCUAAUAACUAUUUCACAUGCGCUAUUAAUCGAGUGGGAACUGAAAUUUUUCCCAACGCAUUUACUUCUGGAGACGGUCGUUCGAUGCAUAAUAAUUUUGGAGAAUUUUAUGGUUCUAGUUAUGUCGCUGCUCCGGAUGGCAUACGAACUCCUGGAUUAAGUCGAAAUCGUGAUGGGCUUUUGGUUGCUGAGUUGGAUUUAAAUUUAUGUCGACAAGCCAAAGACAAUUGGGGAUUUAGGAUGACUCAAAGACUGGACAUGUAUGCGAAAGAACUUGCCGAAGCUGUCAAACCGGAUUUCAAACCACAAAUUAUAAGGGAAUAAUCUAUGAGACUUUAUGAAAUAAAUACCCCUUUAAUAGAUAUCAUAUUCCGGUCAGGUAAUCAAAAUAAUUAAUGUAUACACUCGGUACAAUAAAUUUUUUUUAAUAAAAAUGUAUACAUAUAUAUAUUACUAAAAUCGU